AUGAAUCGUAUAUUAUAUGGACCGGAUUUUUUAACUCCAAUUCCAACAGAUCCGAUUGGAAUUAGGUUGUUUGAAAAAUUAAAAGAAAAAGGAGAUGACUUUUUAUACAUUGAUGCCUCAACUGACCAAAAACUUACAAACAAAGACUUUUUAACUUUAUGUUGCAAAUUAGCUAAAAGUCUUCAAAAUCGUGGGUUUAAACAAAACGAUGUUUUAGCAAUUUCAGCUGAAAAUAGUAUUUUUUAUAAUGUUCCCGUGGUUGCCGGGUUAUUUCUUGGGAUGAUUUCUGGAUUUAUUAACCAAAAUUACACCAAAAAUGAAUUUUUGCAUCUCUUAAAUAUAUAUCAACCAAAAAUCGUUUUUAUAUCUUCAAAAUUAUUACAAUUUUUUGAUAUCAACCAAGAUUUAAAAGUAAUAAUUUUGGAUGAGGAAGAAAUUCCUGGAUAUGAUAACCUAAAAAUGUUCAUCAAAAAAAAUUGCGACCAACAUUUUUGCAUCGAACAUUUUAAACCUGCAAAUUUUAACACCACUAAUCAAACCGCUUUUAUUGCAUCAUCUUCUGGCACAACCGGUUUAUCAAAAGCAGUUAUGAUAACUCAUGAUAACAUCGGAAUAACAAUAAAUAUAUUAGACGAUCCAAAAUUUUCUGUAGCUAAAGAAGCAACCGCUUUACUAUUCAUGCCAAAUUUCCACGUUUACGGAUUAUUUAUGAAUAUUUCCGGAAUUAUCAAAGGCAAUCAAAUGGUUGUAAUGAAAAGAUUUGACGAAAAAAUUCUCCUAAAAUCGAUCGAAAAAUAUAAAAUAACAAAUUUACCGAUGGUUCCAGCGAUAGCUUAUACUUUAAUUAAAAGUACUAUCUUUAAAGAUUAUGAUGUUUCAUCGGUUGAAGAACUUUACUGUGCGAGUACUUCAUUAAGUACAAAAAUCGAACAAGAUCUCAUCAAAUUAUUUCCUAAAUUGAAAAGUUUUUGUCAAGCUUAUGGUUUAACUGAAGCAACAUUAAGCGUAACUUUAAUGCCAAUAAACGAAACAAAACUUGGAUCAUCUGGAAAAAUAGUUCCUGGAAUGUCGAUUUGUUUUUGCGAUGAACUUGGAAAUCGUUUAGGUCCAAAUCAACCCGGUGAGAUUUACUUAAAAGGAAGAAUGAUCACCAAAGGUUAUUAUCGUAAUCCAGAAGCAACGAAAACUACUUUCAUCGACGGUUGGUUACACACAGGAGAUGUUGGUUACUACGACGAAGAAGGUUACGUUUUUAUCGUCGAUAGAGUCAAAGAUUUGAUUAAAUACAAAGGAUUUCAAGUUCCACCGGCUGAAAUCGAAGGAAUUUUAAUAACCCAUCCAGAAGUUAAAGCAGCUUGUGUUGUUGGUAAACCAGAUGAAUUAGCGGGCGAGUUACCUACUGGAUUUGUGGUUAAACAACCAAAUUCAAAUGUAACCGAAGAGGAGUUGAUUCAGUUCGUAGCCGAGCGUAUUUCAAAAACGAAACAUUUACGUGGAGGAAUUUAUUUUAUGGAAGAUUUACCAAAAACAUCGUCUGGAAAAGUAAGAAGAAAGGAGUUAAGAGAUUCUUUAAUUUCUUAAAAUAAUUUCGUAAAACGAUAUGUUAAUGCAAUCAGGGCAGUGCCAAACAAGAUGUCAAAGAUAAUUUAGAAAUAUGUCGUGGGCAAUGUAGAAGAAGAUAAAGGAACAUUCUAUAUGCAUUUAUUUUUGUUUUCCAAUAGUUUUGUGUAUGUUCUUUCGAAUAAAUAUGGUUAUUAAGUUA